ACAUAUUGUUUUAUUUUUGUAUCAAUUUAUCUUGUGUAUAUUUAAUGUUGCUUAGCAAAACAACAGAAAAGACACAACAAAAAUAACAACAAUUAUUAAACAAACAACUACAAUAAUCAUUCAAUUUGUUUGUUUGCUUGUUUUUCAUGACGGUUGUGAUUAUAAGAUUAUAUUUUCCUUGUUUGAUUUUAAAAUCUUUGUUGCUCAAGAAAUACAUCAAAAUCUUGCAGGUUAUAUAUUAUACAUAAAAACUAUACAUAUAUUAUUUUAUAUAUACAUAUAUAUAAUACUAUAUGUAUAUUUUUUUAUAUAGGCUAUCAUAUUUUUUUAUUUUUCGUUGAGAAAAAACAAACAUUAUUUUUUUUUUUUAUUUGAUUCGAGGUUUAUUUUUUUCACUGUAAUAAGUCACUCGUAAUAUUCGUUCAGAUGAUUAUCCUUAUUUGGCAGAGUUUAUUCAGUUAAACGAGGGAAAGGUGUACGAGGUUGUGAUAUUUUCUACGUUCUUUUAUAAUAUAAAAAUAAUUGACAACAAGCACCUCUUGAUGUCGCUACAGAAUUGUUGCACUAUCAUAUUUGGCACCUCCUCAUCUGUGAUGCACUGCUCAUGCGCUUUGAUCCUCAUUCCUGGUGAAAAUGGAUCGUACGAGAAGCUCUUUCACAUGGGCAAUGCUAAAGGAAUUUGUUUAUGUAACAUUUUAAUCACUUUUUGGUCGCUGGAUCGCACACUAUUAUGCACAAUGGAUAACCGGACGGAUCUCUACUUCAUUCUUAUUGUUGUGAUUUUAACAACAAUCGCGAACCUUAUUGUUGCUCAAAUUGCUUAUUCGGUAUCAGAGGAGGUGAAUACGGGAACAUUUGUUGGAAAUUUAGCAAAGGAUCUAGGCCUAAACAUUCAAGAAUUGGAAUCACGCAUGUUUCACAUCGUUUCUCCGUCUGGGAAGAAGUAUUUUGAUGUUAAUUUGAAAACAGGGGCAUUGUUCGUCAACGAGAGACUGGACAGAGAGGCGCUUUGCCCUGCCUCCCCACAGUGUUCCGUGCAUUUGGAAGCUGUUGUUAAUAAUCCCCUGAAUUUGUUUCGCAUCGAAGUGAACAUAUUGGACGUAAAUGACAAUGCGCCUUUGUUUCGUGUUAAGUCAAAGCAUUUUAAUAUAUCAGAGCUUGCUCUUGUUGGGGACAGAUUUCAGCUGCCGAGAGCUUCAGACCCUGAUGUGGGUAGCAACUCGGUAAAGAGCUACAAGCUGAGCCAAAGUGAGCAUUUUUCUCUGGAUGUACAGACUAGUGGAGAGCAGAGUGUAUCUGCGGAAUUAGUAUUACAGAAAGCUUUAGACCGAGAGAAACAGCAUGUAAUAAAUCUCAUACUGACCGCUGUCGAUGGAGGAAAACCUCCGAAAACGGGUACAUUGCAGAUAGUAGUAAAUGUGCAAGAUGUUAACGACAACGCCCCGGUGUUUAACAAAUCUCUUUACAAGAUGCGUGUUGUGGAAAAUGCUCCUAUUGGAACAAUUGUGAUUAAUCUGAACGCGACAGAUACAGACGAGGGAGUAAAUGGUCAAAUAGUCUAUUCUUUGAUUAACCAGGAUAGCGACGAGAAAAACAGUGGCAUUUUCAGCAUUGACUCCGUUUCGGGGGAGAUUACUGUACAGGGCACGGUCGACUUUGAGUCACAAAAUGCGUAUGAAAUCCACGCACAGGCUAAGGACAAGGGACUGACUCCUCGAUCCGCACACUGUAAAGUAUUAAUUGAUGUUGUUGAUGUAAACGAUAAUGCUCCUGAAAUCUCGUUGACAUCGCAGAUAAAUGUUGUCACGGAAAAUGCUAAAAAAGGUACCGCUGUUGCUUUGAUAACAAUAUCUGAUAAAGAUUCCGGGAAGAAUGGUAAUGCGCAUGGAAAAUUACUCGGCGAAGUUCCGUUCAAGCUGCAAUCUUCUUACAAGAGCUAUUAUUCUAUUGUGGUGGACGGGCCUUUAGACAGAGAACGUGACGCUCAGUAUAAUGUUACUAUUAUAGCGAUAGACGACGGAACCCCAUCUCUUUCUAGUACUCGAGUUUUUACGAUUCAGGUGUCAGAUGUAAAUGACAAUGCGCCACACUUUUCAGAUCACACAGUCAAUGUGUAUGUAAAAGAAAAUGGCCCAAAAGGUCAGAUUAUUCACACUCUCUCAGCUACUGAUCCAGAUUUGAAUGAGAAUUCUAAAAUAACUUAUGAAUUAAUAGACUCCCAAAGUUUAUCCAAUGUGUUUUCUGCAGUCACAAUAAAUGCUGAUAAUGGAGAGAUACACACAUUACAGACUUUUAACUAUGAGGAAACAAAAACAUUUCAGUUUAAAGUUCAGGCCACAGACUCUGGUGUUCCUCCACUGAGCAGUAACGUGACUGUGAAUGUUUUUAUCCUGGAUGAGAAUGACAACAGUCCUGGGAUUCUCGCUCCGUAUUCUGAUCAUGGAUCUGUUCACUCUGAGAACAUUCCCUAUUCUGCUGAAGCGGGCUACUUUGUGGCCAAGAUCAGAGCUGUAGACUCAGAUUCUGGAUAUAAUGCACUGCUUUCUUAUCACAUCUCUGAACCCAGAGGAAACAAUCUGUUUUGGAUUGGAACCAGCAGUGGAGAGAUCAGGACUAAGAGGAGAAUGAGUGACAAUGACCUGAAAACUCACCCUCUGGUCAUUUUGGUUUCUGAUAACGGAGAGCCCUCGCUAUCAGCCACUGUGUCUAUUGAUGUUGUGGUUGUUGAGAGCACAGGUGACAUUAAGACUCAGUUUAAACAUGCACCUAUAAAGGAGGAUAGUUUCUCGGAUUUAAACAUGUAUUUGCUGAUCGCCAUUGUGUCAGUUUCAGUGAUAUUUUUACUGAGUCUGAUUAGUUUAAUAGCUGUAAAAUGCUGCAGGACAGAUGGUAGUUUCAGCAGAUACAGUGCCCCAGUGAUCACCACACAUCCUGAUGGAAGCUGGUCUUACUCCAAAUCUACACAGCAGUAUGAUGUGUGUUUUAGCUCAGACACACUGAAGAGUGAUGUAGUGGUUUUUCCUGCACAAUUUCCACCUGCAGAUGCUGAACUGAUCAGUAUAAAUGAUGGGGACACAUUUAACCGAACACACACACUUCCUAAUAAUGAAAAGGUAAGAGACUUAUCCAAAAAGAGAUUUUGUUGAUAGUUUGGUAGCUUUCAAUCAGGUGAGUUAAUUAAACCCUCUCUGACAGGGAAACACUCUGAAGAACUCUUACAGGUACCAGGUAAUUUUUUUUGUCUGAGUGUACUGUGUAGUGUGUUUAUUUACAAUCACUAAAUACUUUGCAUACCAAUGGCCCUGGUCGCUUCUCAGUUUUAGUUUCCUUGGCUAAUACUCACAUUGUGUUAAUGCUGGUUGGUUUUGCUGUCCAUGGUUCUGAAAACUGUAGCGUCCAUUGCUGUCCUGUUCUCUGCCUCCGAAUGCUCUUCUAACUUGAUUCAAGCAACCUGUGCUUUAAAUAUAUUUGUUUCUACAUAAUGCUGUGAGAUGUUUUGUAGACACAUAAUACACUUAUAUAACACAGAAUCCAUGCUGUCUGAAUUGACAUUGCUUUUUUGUUCCAUUCUCUCUUUGUCUUCCCAGUGUCUUUUCCUUCCAUCCUUUAUCUUUGUCUCUUUAGCACUGUCUGUUUGCCCACAUCCCCCCGCCCUUUCCACUUUCUCUCUUCAUUAGGCAUUCUCUCCCCUGAUGAAACUAUAAUAUUAUUUCAUACUGUAAGCAUUUCAGCAUAUUGUUGUUUGCACUGAAAAACAGAAAAAUAUUUUUAAGUCAGACUUAUUUUUGCUGUGGCAAGCAGUUCUCGGGAAGAUUGAGGCCACACACACACACAGCUUCUUGAGGCUUUGUUAGAUUACAUGCAUUAUAAUGCUUCACUAUAACAAUGAACAGAGUAAUAGAGAAAACUUGAAAUCAGUGGAUAUACAGCAUUUUGUCAUUGCAGAGUAUGCCUUGAUGUUUUUUUUUUUAUGUAACUGAUUUAGUUAAAGUGAAAUAUUAAAGUAAAUAUAUUUAUAUUUUGUAAACAUUUAGACUGUGAACAUGACAUUCUUAGUCUAUUAUCAUCUGUCCAGGGUUUAUUCAUAUAGCUAAUAUCACAGUUGCACAGCUUAAAUCACACAUAUGUUUUCAAAAGGUCACAGUGUGUUUCAGUAAAUUCUUUGUGAAAGGCACAGUUGGAGAGAUUUAGAUAUCCACAAAGCUGAUGGAAUUUGUGGUGUAGCAGCAAAACAAGUUAUUGAGUGUUUAAUUGUAUACACUCACUAUAUAUACAGCUCCUUGUAGUGCAAUGGCCAGUUAAUUUUUUUUAUUGCUGAUUAUUGUUAUAGUGUCAUUUAACACAUGGCUUUAUUUGUGGGGGAAGGGAAAAGGAUAGUAGAUAGAAGAGAGAUAAAUCAAGAAUGUUGAAAGAGGCAGAACAGAGAGAGACACGCAGAAAUAAGAGAAUGAGAUGGGGUGAGAGAUGAAGUAAGGUAGAUAGAGAGAGGGAGAAAGAGAGGUUGGGGGAAGGGCCAGUAAUUUUCCUUACUGCUCUGCAACAGCAGGGGUUCUCGGCAAGCAAGCUGAGCUCACAGCUCUGACAUCAUCAUUUUCAACCACACCUAAACACUGCCUUCUAUUCCAUACCGUUAGAGGGCACAUAUAAUAUAUUUAAUUAUUAUUAUUAAUAUUAUAAUUCAUGUAUUGUUUACCUCUUUUAUUAUACCACUACAUACAAUUAAAUAGACACAAAGUUGCACAUUGUUGUGUAGAACUGUACAUGUUAGCUGUCUGUGUUUGUUCAAGUCUCCUUCCAGUUUCUUCCCAGCUUGUCUGUGCUGCAUUGGGAGUGUUAAAUUAUUGAUUUCAGAAACACAUUAUGCAGAGUAAGUAAGAGUGCCUAAGGUAACCUCAGGAUUCAUAUAACCUGCAGUGGAAUGGCCUGAUCCAUAGACAAACACACACAAAAAAAAUAGUAACAAGAAAAACAUACUAGUGACCAAAUAAUUGAUUGGAAUAGAAACUAGUGCAUUCUCAUCCUCCACACAGCAUAUACAAGGAGAAUAACAUUAUAUAAAAAUGUUAAAAUGUUUAAGUUGACCUCCUGAAUUUCCUCAGGACUCUCAGAAACAGUGUCAUUAUACAAUAUAUCACUUCCCAUUCUGUCACCUUGAGGUUGUCAUGGCAACUUGGCUCUGUUUCUUUCCAGCAAGAUUGUGCCGCAUUUUGCCCACACCCAUAGAGAGAGAGAGAGUGAGAGAGAGAGUGAGAGAGAGAGAGAGAGUGAGAGAGAGAGAGAGGGGGAGAAUGAGAAAGAGAGAUGGUGAGAAAGAGAGAG